GACAAUAGAGAGAUAAUAAGCAUCUAGAUAUAUAGGUGGUGGUGCAACUUGUUGCAAACUAAUUUGGAGAUUAGAUGAGUUCUUCUAACGGCGGUGUGCCGCCGGGGUUUCGAUUUCAUCCGACCGACGAAGAACUACUUCAUUACUACUUGAAGAAGAAACUUUCCUUUCAAAAGUUUGAUAUGGAUGUUAUAAGGGAGGUGGAUUUGAACAAGAUGGAACCUUGGGACUUGCAAGAAAAGUGUAAGAUUGGAUCAACACCGCAAAACGAGUGGUACUUUUUCAGUCACAAGGACAGAAAGUACCCAACAGGAUCAAGGACUAAUAGAGCAACAAGUGCAGGGUUUUGGAAAGCAACAGGAAGAGACAAAUGCAUUAGGAAUACUUUCAAGAAAAUUGGAAUGAGAAAGACACUUGUGUUCUACAAAGGUAGAGCUCCUCAUGGACAAAAGACUGAUUGGAUUAUGCAUGAAUAUCGCCUUGAAGACGGCAAUGAUCCUACCAAUGAAGAUGGAUGGGUAGUGUGUAGGGUAUUCAAGAAGAAGAACUUAUUCAAGAUAGGAAAUGAAGGUGGAUCCACACACAAUCAAGAUCAACAAAUGAACAACAUUUCCUCUACCAAUCCACGCUCCUUCAUGCAAAGAGAAAACCACUACUUAUUACAUCAACAACAACAACAAAACCACCCUAGGAACCUAACUGGUUUCGAGCUAGAAAAACCCGAACUCGGUCUCCAUUAUCAACACUUACAAAACUCUCAAUACUCACACUUCCAUUCCCAACUCCAACCUCAACCUCAACCUCUUCUCCACACUCAAAAGCCUCUCGAGAUGAACUUUGACUACUCAUACGCAACAUCUUUACCGUCGGAACAGCCUAUAAUAGUUAAACAGCUUAUGACAAACCCUAGAGACUGUGAAAGUGGAAGUGAUGGUUUGAGAUACCAAGUUUCUGAAUCUGGUAUUGAGGUUGGUUCAUGUGAACCUCAUCAAGAAAUUGGUGUAGGAAGAAGUGAAGGAAUGAAUGAAUGGGGUAUGCUUGAUAGACUAGUGAAUGAAGAGUCAACAAAAGAAGCCACUAGGUUUGAGGAAGAUAAUCCUCAUCAUCAGAUCAACCAGCUUUCUUUGAGGGGAGAAAUGGAUUUUUGGGGCUAUGGAAAACAGUGAUUUUCAUUCCCUAUUUUAUUAUAAUUAUAUUGAAAUCAAAUUAAGACUAAUUAUGUGUACUAUACUAAAAUUUAAGUUUGGAUGUCAUGCAUUAAAUUAUGGGUAUGAAAAGACAUACACAUAACUCUUAUUAUUAUUACUAUUAUUAUGAUUGAUAUUGA